GCGAAACAAGGUUCACAGCUGUCAUUACCACCAUGAACGUCAUCUUUGUAAUUCUGAUCUUUGCCAUGGGGCACACAUCUGUUAAUGGGGACGAUCUGGUUGAGGCAAACGAAGCGGGAGACGAAGCAUGUGAUGCAACAACCAAUGAUUGUUUUAAAUUCUUCCAUUCAACACGUGAGGAAUGGAGUGUAGCUAGAGAUAUAUGUGCCGAGGACGGAGGGCAACUACUCAACAUUGAUUCAGCAUCCCUACACAAGAAGAUCAGACAAUACAUCAACUCACAUCCAAAUAUAGAGAAUCCCGGUGGCAAUGGUUACUGGACUGGUACGAAUGACAUAGAGGAGGAGGGCGUAUUUCAGCUGAUCGACGGUACUCCUUUAACCUAUGCCGAUGGGUGGCAUUCUGAGAAACGUGGAAGGAGGAUAAUAACACAACCAAGCAAUACGGUUAAACAGGAUAUCAAUGGACAGGAUUGUGUCCAGCUAUGGAACCGUCCGGCCAAAAACUCAGUAUGGAAUUUCGACGAUGACUAUUGUUGGAAGCUUAAAUCCUUCAUUUGUGAAUAUACUGCCGUAUCACCGACAACGGAACAACUUAUUACGUCUGCGGCGCCACAGGAAGCUGUCCUACCUGAAAGUGUACCAGACAGGCAAAGGAUAUACCGGGCUUUCUACAUAGAUCUGAAUUGGCAGGACGCAAAAGAUGCGUGCGUGGAGGACGGUGGGGAGUUGGCAUCGCUACCAGACAUUAGUGCUCAUCAGAAAGUGAUGGAGGAAAUUGUCAGUGCUGGAGAUCACACGGAGGAACAGGGUAUACCAACAGUGAUUCCACCUGUAACGACUGAGCCAGAGGAAGAAGUGAAAUCGACAUACUGGGCACACUGGGGUAGCUACGAUUGGGAUACAACAAUAUCUAAAUGUGCGGAACACGGAGGAUACAGUGUAUCCAUUCCAAAUGCAGAGGCCCAGCGAGACCUAGAAAUUAAAAUUCUGACUGACACGGAACAUGUUCGAACUGUUGGAUAUUUCACUGGAAUUCAUCGAAUGCUGGAUAGAACAUGGGCAAAUGCAGAUGGGUCUCCGCUGACGUAUACUAACUGGGACGAUGGCUAUCCUGAUAGCGAAGACGAUGACUGCGUUUGGAUAUUCGUGGGUGGCAUUGCAGCUGCUUGGCUUCCAUCGUUUGGAAAAUGGAGGAAUCGACCUUGUAAUGACAGAUUGACAAUUGCCUGUCAAUAUGACGUCGACGAACGAGACACCGUGGUGCCCGAAGAGAGAUAUUACAAGGCUUAUUUAGAACCUAAAAGUUGGAAUUCAGCUAGGUCAUUUUGCAUCGAAAAUGGUGGAGACCUUGCCUCGGUCCCCGAUGAAGCUGCAUAUGCACAGUUGGUACCGGUACUUCUUGAAGAUGGCAUUUACACGGUGUCUGACUUUUUCUGGAUUGGGGUACGUCGAGGCGCUGGGGGCGUCUUCAAAGAUUUGAACGGAGAUGAACAGACAUACCUAGUCUGGCCGUCGGUGGGGAUAUUCUCUGAGCCACAACAUUACGAAUGUACAUCCGUUUGGACGAAGAAAGGAGUUUAUUGGCCUUACUACUGGAGAACUGUCUCUUGUUCAUCUCGUCAGGCUUUUGUGUGCGAGUUUCUCGCUGAACCAGACGAUGAGCAAGACUAUAACGACGAGGGGCAGACGGGCAGGUACCGUGUCUACCAUGAUGCAACUGACUGGGAAACAGCCAGAGGGCGGUGUCACGAAAGAGGCGGCGAUCUCGCAUCCGUUCCUAGCGCAGAUGACCAGGAAGAUAUCGCAAACAAAAUCGGGCUAUCGGAUUGGACAUAUCGUGGAUAUUGGAUUGGUAUUAAGAGAGAAGCACCCGGGAGUGUAUUCACAAACCUAGAUGGAACGAGACUGACUUAUAAUAACUUUUCAAGUAAUCCUUGGAUCGGAUAUCCUUGCGCGUAUAUCAGGUAUGGAACUUACAGCUACCAAGCAUGGUUACUAACUAAAGACGAGCUGUCCAAUGGAUACGUGGAUAUGAUGUAA